AAACCUGGCUACGUCACUUCCUUCUUUCUCUUCGACCACCGCCAUAGUGGUGAAAGGAUUGUGGAGAAAAUGUCGUCCCACAAGACUUUCAGGAUCAAGCGCUUUCUGGCCAAGAAGCAAAAACAGAACCGGCCGAUUCCCCAGUGGAUCAGAAUGAAAACCGGCAACAAAAUCAGGUACAACUCCAAGAGGAGACACUGGAGGAGGACCAAGCUCGGCUUGUAAACAUGAUGGCCUGUGGAUCCAAGCCCCCCCACAUCCUGACAUCUGCCAGUUCCUCCAGCUGCUUGGCCUAUUGGCUUUAAAGGGAGCUGCAACAUCUGGAGCAGCAUUUGUUUUGUACAGAUACCUGGCUAUGCUCAUGUUUCACAAUAAAAGAUCAUUGAUCACAUUUGAAACACA